CCAGUCUGUCAGAAAUCACGCUACAGAAAAACACUGCAUGUCAUGAGACUUAAUCAAAGCACAUUGGCUCCACUAUGGUCUUCUUUUUCCAACAAAAAAAAUUCAAUGUUGGUCUUAAAGAAACAGUGGCAGGGAAAUGAACAUAUAUAUCAUGUUGCCAUACGGUAGCACCGUGUCGAAGAGGAUUAUUAUCAAUCUAAUACAAUAACUUUUGCAUUACUAAUUAGUAUCCAAAGAUUGUAACGAUUUUGCUGCUUAAUAUUUUUGUGGAACAUUUUUCCUCAGGAUUUAGCGAUUAUAAAUGUUGAUUAAACAUGUCUUUUUAGAAUAAAACAAUAACAAAAAAACUUUAUAAAAACUCCAGUCUUUUAAACAAGUAAAUGUCUUCAAAUGAACAAUGUUUUAUUGUCUGAGAAUCCAGGUGACAAUGAAGUUUGAUAAUAUUCUGGAUGAGACAGAUGGCUUUGGCCGAUACCAGAUUGCACUUGUUAUGCUGCUGUUCAUACCUCGCAUCACAAUUCCGUGUCACUUCCUACUGAACAACUUCAUCGCUGCCAUCCCGUCUCAUCACUGCGACAUCAGCUCUCUGGAUGCCGACGGGCUCGGGAAUCUGACUCAGAAGGAGAGACUGAUUGUAAGUGUUCCAGCACAAGAAGAUGGGACUCCUGCUUCCUGUCACAUGUUCGCACAUCCUCAGUUUCAAUUGCUGAUAAACUCGUCCAGCAGCUCAGCUCUUCCAGUAGUGGAGUGUCAGAAUGGAUGGCACUUUGAUAACAGCACCUUCAUCAGCACUCUCGCCACACAGUUUGAUUUAGUUUGUGACAAGAGGGGACUGGCCAAAGCAUCAGCCACCAUAUUUUUUGUGGGUGUCAUGUGUGGAGCUGUGUUCUUUGGAGUGCUCUGUGAUAAGUAUGGUCGGAGGAGCAUGUUGCUGGUGUCUUAUGUGUUUUCCAUAGUGUUCAGUGUUACCAGCGCUUUCUCAAGCUCUUACAUCAUGUUUGCUGCCUUUCGCUUCCUAACCGGUUUAGCACUGACAGGAAUCAGCAACAUAUCAGUGGUACUCAGUAUUGAGUGGGUGGACACUAAGCACCGCACAUUUAUGGGUCUGUUCGGCAGUAUGUCCUGGAGUAUAGGCAACAUGCUUCUGGCUGGUUUUGCUUUUAUGGUCACUGAUUGGAGGCUGCUGAUUGUUAUUGUCACUGCUCCUCUUUUUCUUGCUACAGCCACCUGGUGGUGGAUCCCUGAUUCAGCACGGUGGCUAAUAGCCAAUGGAAAGACAGAAACAGCAUACAAGUAUCUGCACAAAUGUGCCACUUUUAACCAGAGACUAGACUUCACAUCAAGAGUCAAGCCAGAGACUCUGUCCACUGUAGUGACUGUGGAUCACCGCGGUCACAGUUACACUUACUUAGACCUAGUAAAAACUCCACAGCUGAGGAAACUCACACUCUUCACAGGAAUAGUGUGGUAUGGAGUUGCUUCUACAUACUACGGCAUCAGCUUAAACAUCACAGGCUUUGGGCUUGAUCCCUACCUGACACACUUCAUUUAUGCUGCCAUAGAGGUGCCAGCGAAAAUCCUCGUCUACUUCAGCCUCAACAAGGUGGGCCGCAGGAACACUCAGACUGGGACACUGGUGCUCACAGGAUUCUGCAUACUCAUCAACAUCAUCACACCUACAGAAUACUGGACAUUUCGGACUGUAAUUGCAGUGUUAGGGAAAGGACUAUCAGAGGCUUCAUUUACGACGGUGAUUUUGUACACCACUGAGCUCUAUCCUACAGUCAUGAGGCAGAAUGGUCUUGGCUUCACCAAUUUCAUGGCACGUAUGGGAGCAUCCAUUUCUCCUCUUAUUAUGCUCCUAGAAGACAUUUGGAAGCUCCUCCCUGAGGUUAUUUUUUGCUCGAUGGCUAUUUUUUGUGGUAUCAUAGCAUUGCUUCUUCCUGAAACCAACAAUGCAAGUCUGCCAGAAACUGUAGAAGAUAUUGAGGACAUGAGAAAGAAACCUGUCUAUUUCACAACAGCGGAUCAAAGUGCCAUGCCUUUAAAGUUGCCCCUCACAGCAGACACAACACAAUAAUCUGAUACAGACAAGCUGUCAUUUGCUCAUAAGCUGUACUUGACAUCAAUAAUCAAUAAAAUUAAUGAUAGUACAGACUGUCUUACUUGCUUUCUUACCUGUAGGAUUAAAGAAAUGUCAUCAGUGCAACUUUUAAAAAUAAAUAAAUCUGCUUCUCCUUGA